AGCUGCUAUAAAACUCACCUCCAUCAUUUCCAUCCAGCCUCUGAGUCUCUCAGUUCACUGUCAUCCAGCAGAAAGCAUGUCUCGUAACAGCAGCGCCAGUGUGUUUGGAGGAGCCGGGGGAAGGGGCACCAAGGCGUCCGUGUCCACCCUGCAGGGACUCCGCAGCUUCCUGCGCAACGACACCGAGAAAGACUCAGCUCCGAUUACUCCAGUCACUGCUGCUCCGCUCAAUAGUUCAGAGCCUCCUGCAGAAACUCCCAUCAACACAGAGAACAAACAGGAGCUGCAGGGUCUGAACAAUCGUCUGAGAGGCUAUCUGGAUCGAGUUAAAGAUCUGCAAGAAAAGAACAACGACCUGCAGAAGGAGAUUGAUGACAUUCUGGCCAAGAGGGAAGCUCCUGAGGGAAGAGACUGGGACAAAAUCCAGGAGCCACUGGACGAUCUGGAAAAGGAGAUCAAAGAGCUCACCAAUAAGAAUGCAAAGCUGUUGGUCCAGAUUGACUGCACAAAGUUGGCCCUUGAGGACUUUGAAAAAAGGCAGAAUAAGGAGACAGAAAAGAACAAGGAGUCAGAGAAAUACCUGGAAAAUUUGAAAAAGGAAAGAGAGCAAAUUAAGCAGAGCCAAGAGGAGCACCAGGACGAAAUUAAAAUAAUAAAGGAGGUGUUGGAGAGCCUUGAGAAGGAGCACAAUGAGGAAGUGAACGAUCUGCGCGAGAAGAUAAUAAAUUCUGAGGUAAAGGUGGAGAUUGAGCCCCAGAAGUCCAACCUGUCAGAGACUGUCAAAGACAUGCGGGAGCAUUACGAGAAGGUUGCUGAGAAGAACCUGAAGGAAACCGAAGAGUGGUACAAGAACAAGUUUGAGAACAUCAAGGAGAAGGAGGCCAAGAACACCGAGGCCUUGGAGGCUGGAAAUAAGGAGCUCAAGAAUCUGCAGAAAGAGUUGAAAAGUCUGGAAAUGGAGAUUAUCUCUACCUACACCAGGAUCGACACUAUUGAGGAAAAUGUAAGGAGAGCCAAGCAAGAGAACAACAUACGACUGGCCCCUUUAAACGACAUUAUAAUUAGGCUGGAGGAACAGCUGAAGGAGGUGAAAGCAGAUGUGCAGCAAAAGGGGGAAAACUACAAAAAGCUUCUAGGUGACAAGAGGGAGCUGGAGAAAGAAACGCAGGCCUACAAUAAACUGAUGAACGACAUACCCGCUGAUGCUAAGAGCACAGAAAAGGCCUAACCAGUUGGACUCCUACAAAAACCACUCCAGAGGGGGGUGGUAGGUUCUGGUAACGUCUACAAAAAAGCUCCGAAAACGACAAAAAAGCUGCUGCUGAAGAUGGGG